CGCAAUUCGCGUCGUAUCCUCUAUGCACACAUGUUUUUUGUUUCAGAAUUGGCCGUUCGUCGCUGGUAGCUACGGCUACGAACCAAAUAUUUUAUUAUUUUUCCACAGCAGUGCAGUCAAGUACCAGUGCCUGUCCUUGACGGUUUAGGUUGUUUUAUCAACAGUGUGUUGUGAAUCAUGAUUCAUGCAAGUACUUAUAUUAUUUUUUUUUAAUCCUAUUCUCACAAUUCCUGUAAAACUCGGUGUGUAAAAUUUAGUGUGUGCCGGCCCCAAGAAUUGUGAACACGUCAUCCAGUUCCUAGUAGACAACCCCAACCAAAAAGAAGGUUAAAGGCUGAGAAAAACAAGGUUUGUGUCGUGCGUGAGACAAAGCAACUAAUAAUGUCCGACCAAGACCAAGAUGGUUGGAGAACUGCAAAGGGAAAAGGCAGAGGCAGAGGCAAAGGUAGACAAGAAAAUUGGAGAAAUAAAAAUGAUGGGGAAACUGAAAUUGGAUCUGCUGCCGGGAGAUCACGUUUUUUUCAGAAACAUUUCAAUAAAAAUGAAAGUACCUCAUCCAAACCAAUCUCCCAACAAACCGAUCGUCGAACAGAGAAUUACAGUCAGAGGCAGGAUGCGAACUCAUCCUCCAAUACCUUCUUAGAUCAAGUUGCCUUGCAAGACUUAGUUGAGAAACAAACCGUCGAACAAGUAACCCAAAUCUUAUUAUCACCAUAUCAAAUGAAACAAUUCUCAGAAGCUCUUUCUAUGGAUCUUUCAGAAGAUAUAUUUGUAUUACUCUUCAAGCUUAUAGCUAAAGCUUGUGAAAAUACAUUUGUAACCAGCAAAAGUUAUGUGCUGAAAAAUAUCAUGCAGAAAAAAUUUAUUACAGUAAUUUGUAAUUUUUUUUCGGGCCUUUUGAUAAGUGAAAACGCAGAUCCAAUCUUUUGGGAAAAUAUCGAUAAUCUUCUGGAUUGCGUUCUGAUUUUGCUAGAGAAUACCAUGCAGUUGAUACCGCUAACUUGUUGGGAACAGGCACAAACCAUUACAAAGUCGCUCACUUUGAUUUUGCCCGUAUUGCUACAAAACAAGAAGAUAACAGUUAGUGCAGAAACUUUGUCUCGUUUAGACAGCAUCAAACAAGAAUUGGUUAUAAUUGAAAAUAAAUUUAAAAAUCCAAAAAUCAAGUUGGAGAUUUCUGCAGAUGUUCGAAAGGACGAACCCGAACCACAAGAUGAUUAUCGCUAUUUAGAUAUCUACCCGUCAACUGAAGAACUAAUUAUCCCAGAACAAGCUUUUGUUAGAAAGAAUAUUAUCAAUGGCAAAUAUCCUUCAUUGAGAGAUUAUUUGGACAUACAUUUUCGACUGAUGCGAGAAGAUUUUCUUAGACCAAUCAGAGAAGAUGUGUGCGAUUUUUUGAAUAAUACUAAUAGGCACUUGUUCAACAUAAAAAUACACAAGAAUGUGGUUUUCCUGCAAAGAGAUAUCAUUGGAGAUACAGUUGCUUAUAAGGCUAAAUUUCAAUUAACCAAAGGCCUCGAAAAUAUGUUGAACAGUGGACAAAAUAAGCGUUUCAUGCACGGUUCUCUACUUCUAUUUAGCGAUGACAAUUUCAAGUCGCUAUUUUGCGGAAAAAUCGUUGGCAGCGACAAUGUAAGAGACGGACAUUUGCUAGUCACCUUACAUGAAGCCAUUAUACAGGAUUACUCAAAAAAAUAUACCAUGAUCGAAUGCAUAAUAUUUUUUGAGCCCUACUACCAAGUGUUAAAUGUGAUUCAACAGCUCUCCGUCCGAAGCUUGCCAAUGGAAAAGUACAUAAUCAACGUCGAAACAAAUAUUUCCCGUCCAAAAUAUAUGGACAACGUCAGGGGCUAUGAAUUACCUACAAAUCUAAAUCCAUCGCAAACCAGCGCUCUAAAUGCUGCUCUAAAUAAAGAAUUUGUGAUUAUACAAGGACCACCCGGAACAGGAAAAACAUUUUUGGGCAUGCAAUUAAUAAAAAUGAUCCUGAGUUUCAAACAGCAUUGUCACCUCGGACCGGUUGUGAUAAUAACGUUCACCAAUCAUGCUUUGGAGCAAUUUUUGCAGGGAUUGUCUAGUUGUACUGACAAGAUUGUAAGACUGGGAAGGGGGUCCAAUGAUUUACGACUAAUGCAAUCUAAAUUUGGGGUCAAUGCAAAAUUUAGAGAGUUUUUAAUAAAUGAUGGAUAUUUGGAACAUGACUUCAUAUCAGAUGGUCAUAUUGAAAAAUUGAUGCGAAUAUUAUAUUACGGGAGAGAAUCUAAAAAAAGAGAUCCCUUCGAGGAUUUGCCAUUGCUUGAAAGCAUUACCGCAUCGGAUGUACCUCGAAGUAUUAUGUUAGAGAUUAGAGAUAAGAUGCUCAGAAACAACGAAUACAAAAACAUAAAAUGCGUAGAGAAAGAAAUUUCUGAAAUCAAGAGUGAUCUUAAUGAAUUGUUUUAUAUCGAACCACAAGGGAUUUCAUUCGAGAUGUUUUUUUCUAAAAUUCAAGAAAGCUUUCUUGGAGGCACUACACUUUUGGAGUGGUUACUUUUUGACGACGGAACCAUAUUAUUCACGAAAAAGGAAAAUAUUGAGAAACCCAAUCAAGUACCAGAUCCUCUUGAAGAAGAAAAUAAUAUUAAUCACUUGUGCAACUUUGUUUUCCAAAACCCCACCUUGGAAGCUAUUAGUCAUAUUACCAUUGAAACUCUCGAAAAAAAAUCCAAGGAGUUACAUGAUUUUAUAAAAAUGGAAAAAGGUCUAAGUGGAAGUCAUCGCAAGUUCCUAUGGGCUCAACUGGAUUUUUUGCUCAAGAAAAUUGAUUAUUUGCGAAACUGUUUGGGAAUAGAAUUCGAACAGCCACAAGUAAAUUUUAACGAUUUCUAUCAUCCUUUCAUGAUCCCAUCAAUAAACCGCUGGCAAUUGUACAAGUCUUGGUUUGAAACUCACAAAGCAAAUCUUCGGAUGAAACUUGAUUUCAAAUUGAACGAACUAAGAUUGCUAUACGCGGGUUAUAAGGAUCGAAGAGAAAUGGGAAAUGUAAAAUUAUUGAAUGAAAUGGAUAUAAUAGGUAUGACUACUACAUGCGCUGCUAGAAAUAGGUCGAUGUUGGAAGCCAUACAAAGUCGCAUAGUUUUGGUUGAGGAAGCGGCCGAAGUGUUGGAGAGUCACAUAGUUACGGCUUUGACAACAAAUUGCCAACAUUUAAUUUUAUUAGGGGACCAUCAACAACUGAAACCAACGACAUCAGAUUAUACGGUGGAUCGAAAAUGCAAACUAGGAAUCAGCCUGUUUGAACGGAUGAUACUGAACAACGUCGAAUGUCACACUCUAAACGUGCAGCAUCGGAUGCGUCCUGAAAUAUCCAGUUUAAUAAGUCCGGUUAUUUACAAGGAAUUGUAUAACAAUAGGAGCGUUGAAAUGUACCCCACAGUAUCCGGUGUGACCCAUUCUCUUUUUUUCAUCGACCACAUUGAACCCGAAGAGCCUUAUGGCGAUUCUAGCAAAAAGAACGUUCACGAGGCUAAAUUCUUAAUCCAGCUUGCCAUUUAUUUACUCAAUAAUAACUACAAAGCAUCUGAAAUCACUAUUUUGGCUGCAUAUCUUGGCCAAAUGUACCAGUUGAAAGACGAACAGAAAAAACACGCUCAUCAAAACCUGCAAGAUGUACGCAUUGCUGUGGUGGAUAAUUUUCAGGGCGAAGAGAACAAGAUAAUUUUGCUUUCAUUGGUUAGAAACAAUCCGGAGAAGAAAAUUGGAUUUUUAGCUACUGAUAAUCGAGUUUGUGUAGCGCUCUCGAGGGCAAAAGAAGGUUUUUAUGUUAUGGGAAAUAUGGAACACUUAUGUAACGGAUCUGAGAUCUGGAAAACAAUAAGAUCAACACUGGAGGCUCAACAAGCUUUGGGCAAAUACUUAACCCUCAAGUGCAAAAUCCACCAGGAACACAUGACCUUCGUGUCAAAAGGCACCGACUUUGCCAAAGUUCCAGAAGGUGGCUGCAGCCAGGUCUGCAAUACUGUUCUUAAAUGUGGGCAUAAUUGCACGAAAAUUUGCCACGGAUAUGAUCUGGACCAUGAGCUUUAUAAUUGCAAAUAUAAAUGUGAAGAGACAUUAUGUGAUGAUCCAGCUCAUAAGUGCAAAAAGCUAUGUUUUGAAAAGUGUGGCUCUUGCACAUACACAGUCCAGCGGAUAUUGCCCUGUGGCCACAAGAAUUCCAUGGCCUGUCAUGUGGCAUCAUCCGGAACCUAUGAUUGUAAGCAAACUAAAGAGAUUCAUCCAGAAUGCGGACACGUUCAGGAUGUUACUUGUUCCCUUGAAAUGAACGAAUUCAAGUGUCAAGUGGAAGUUGAACAUACAUUAGAAUGUCAGCAUGUACACAAGAUACCGUGUAGUCAAGAAGUGAAUUCUUUUAUUUGUAAAGAGGAAGUCGAACGAAAGUUAAUAUGUGGGCAUACACAAAAGAUGGCCUGCAGUCAAGACAUUGAUUCUUAUAUUUGUCGAUUUGAAAGUGAUAUCACUUUGCAAUGUGGUCACAAAUGGAAGAGACAGUGUGGCCAUGUUGAAAAAGUUGAAACAAGGAACUUGAUGCCACAGCUUUAUAGGUUGCAGGCGAGGUUGCAGAUACAGACAGAACAAUGCCGAGAAGCCUGCACGAAGAACCUACAAUCUUGCAAUGACCCCGAAGCUCAUGGAAAAUGCGAUCAACUUUGUAGCCAACCUUGCAGACUGUGCACAAAACGUGUAUCUAAAUCAUAUACAGAAUGUUCACAUUUUGAAAUAUUAAAAUGUUGUGAUGCAAACCCCUAUAGAAAAUGUAGUCAACGCUGCUCGAAAAAAUUAGCCUGCGGUCACUUUUGCACUAACAAAUGUUCAGAGCUGUGCACCACUAAAUGUUCCCAAUACGGUUUUAAAGCCAUUCCAGAAUGCGGCCAUAAAAUCAAAGUGAUGUGUAGGGAAACUCCAUUGCAGAAGAAUUGCCAGAACCCAUGCAAAAAAUUUUUAAAUUGCGGCCAUGCUUGUAAGAAAAAUUGCAAUGAAGUUUGCUCCGAAAUAUGCGUCGAGAAUUGCAACAAAGUCUUGAACUGUGGUCAUGCGUGUAUAACAAAAUGCAACAAAAAAUGUGCCUGCAAAAUUGAAAUUAUUCCUGAGUGCGGUCAUUCUAUUCAAGUUGAAUGUGGUGAAAAAGCUUCUCAGGAAAACUGCCAAGAAGAAUGUAGAAAAAUUUUACCGUGUGGACAUCAGACUUUGAGGAGGGUAAAAUGUAAUACAGCUAUCACCGAGAAGUGUCAUAAUCGGUGUGAAAAACUAUUAGAAUGUGGUCACCCGUGUAUAGCAAAAUGUGGAGAACCUUGCUCUGUUUGUCGAGAACCUUGCACGAAAACGAUUGCUUGCGGACACCCUUGUCAAACGCUUUGUUUUUUACCGUGCACUGAUUUGACCAGAUGCCUUUUUCCUUGCGAUAAACCACUUGCAUGUGGACACAAAUGCCAGGAAAAAUGCUAUCAAACGUACACGGUCUCUGGCGGCAACGAACGCAGAAAUUGCAGUGGCACUUGCGUGAAAAAUUGCGAGUUGUGGUCAGCACUAUUGUCGUAAGACGUGUGUUGAUCUAUGUCCUAAAACAUGCCAAAGUACCUACGGAAACACAUUCGAUUGUGGUCAAUUGUGCUUCUUUCUUACAAUUCUGCCUUGGGUGCGCUAAAACUAAUUGUGCCUUGUGUGUAAUAUCAUACCACCUCUGUGUCUUUCUACACUUCGCCUUCAGUAUUGUGCCAUUUCGAAAAAAACUUUUUAUCGCUUUGCAUUGUGGUUAAAUGACUCGUCAGUGGUCUUAAACUAAGGUCUUGAAGUUUCCUCUGCCUUUAUUUGCUGUAAUUCGCAUCCAUCCUUAUGUUGUAUCUAUUUGGGUUAAUACGUAUAACAGCAUUUAAAAUUCGAAUAGUAGUGUCGCGACCGCUCAGAAACUAGUCUCAAGUCUGAUAUUGUGUUGGCGAGCGGUGAUUUAUUUUCUUUCUGCGUAUUGACAACCCUUUAUGUGGGUCCUAUUCGCAGGAAUUGAAAUAGAUGGCCUUAAAACUCUUCUUGAAUUAAGUCAAUCUAGAAUUGAAUCAUUACAAUUUUUUCAAUUUCACGGUUUUAUUUCCGCAUAUAUCUAACAGUAGUUUAUAUUCAUUUUUGCUGGAAAUGACACAUCCAGCUCAUAACUUCUCGUUUGAAGAGGAUUUGUUAUGGAACCACCACGAGUGAGUCGUGUCAAUUUUUGGAUGGGUAUUGUGCUAUAUUAUGGGUUAAUUAUGUAGGUUCCUUUUAUUUAUUUAUGGGACUUGAAAAAGAUCAGAAGAUCGUCAGAAUUGAUAAUAAUUUAUGUUUUUCAUUUUAUUUUAUUUUUAUACCUUACGUUCUUAAGGUGCAAAGUAAUGGAAAUUAUAUUACGUACUAUUAGAAAUUAGAAAUGCCAUUCGGUUUUAUGUUGUUCAUGUUGAAUGCCAGACUAUAUUAUGUUUAGUUUUCAAAAAAAUUAUUAUACUUCUAUUAAAUGUUAUUAAGUAGGUAGAGAACGUUGCCUAUUUUCGGAUACUGUUUUGAAAUUACCCAAAAAUUCUUACGAAAGAAGAUUUAAAUAUAUGUUUCAUGCCAUGGGUUGAAAUAGGACAAAAGUUUAUAUAAACAAAUAUAUUUUCAUUGAUGCUUUUCACAACCUUCUUUCAAUUGGUUUGUGCUAAUAUUCAGAACUGUCUUAGUUUUUUGCCUUUUCCAUUCAAAGUUCAAAACCAAUCAAAGGACAGGUAAAUAAAAACUUGUUCAGUGCCGGAAGGUCAAUGUAAAAUAUUUACAGAUUAUCCAGUUGCGUUACCAUUUACCUUCAUCCAAGGAGAGGUUUUGGUUUUUUAAUACCUACCCUACGUACAAUAUUUGGAAUACCUUACUAUCUGAAAUUAAGACAUUAUCCGAAAAUAGAGUAAUUUCUCUUCUAACCAUACCAAAAUAUGUUUAUAUUGUUAUUUGUAAUUCUAUAUUGAUUGGAAUUGAUUUAAGUUUUUAUGAAACGUUUCGAGUAGCGAGGUACUACUCAUCUGUAUGAGUUUAUUUUUUUGUUUAGUGUCUACUUAUUACCUACACGUUAUAUUUGAUAUUGUACUUUGUACCCUAUAAAUUUAUUACACAAUAUUAAUAUGCUUCUA